GCUUUGACGACAUGUGCCGCCUGCUGUACUUACUCGGCCUGCUGUGCUGUGCAUUCUAUUCAACGAAUGGUCAAUGGUUGGAAAAUUGUGACCAGGAGCCAACAACAUUGCUGUGUCGAGGCGAGAGAGCAAUGAAAAAUGUGCUGAGAAAUCUCAGUAAAAGUGAAAAACCAUUGGUGAUAAUGCGAGGACUAGAAAUUGUGCCGCUGAAUAAUGAAUCAACUGCCAAUGGAAACGAAUCGGAGUCCCAGACCGAUGCGUCAUUACUCGACAAUUUGGCUUCGUAUUUGCGCACACAUGAGGUCAAUUUAAAGUUGUCAGAUUUGCUGGUGGAGGAGCAUAAAGCAGGAGAAAUAACAGAGGCACGCAAGAAGGACAAAGGCCAGGGACUCAUUCUAGCCAUGGCAUUGAUGUUUGGCAAAAUGAUGGCAGUCCUCGGACUUGGAGGCAUCGGAGCACUCGCCAUGAAGGCACUGGGCGUGGCAAUGGUGGCUCUGAUGUUGGCAGGCAUGGUGGGUCUAAAAAGUGCUGCGCAGCAGGGACACGAGUCGAGUCACAGCAUUUCAUAUGUCACCGGCGAGGGACAUCAUCACAAGCGACGUCGUCGAGCAGCGGGACGCAUUCAAAUUGUCUCCGAGGAGCCUUCACCAUAUCGAGGCUGGACGUACUAAGUAGUGCAAGUUGGUUGCUUGUUCACUAUUGGAUGUACUUGCUGUUGAUUUGUUUGUGCUCGUCGACUAGUUGUAGGUUUAGCUCUAACUUUGAUUAAUUUAUUUGGCGUGGAACAAAGGAGAACGCUUGUCUAAUUGCUUAGGGCAGGGCCGUAACUCUCCUCUAGCGCCUGCCGGGUAAACAAUUCAACUUCAGCCAUUGCUUCCUGUGCAAUGGUUCUGUCUUUGUUCAUUAUUCAUAGAUGCCACUGCCGCUGCCGCAGUUGCUGCCUCUGACACUGUCGCAAUGCUGCUUUUUGUUGCUUGCCUCUGCGGCUGAUGCUGCUCUUCGUUUUAUGAAAUUGGUGAAAGUUUAUUUCAGUCCAGCUCGUAUUGUGUUGCCAGCAGCAACAUCCCAAGCAAAGCAACCUACUCACAGCAGCCGUAACAGCCCAGC